GUUUGAGAUGCCUAGACCGUCGAGGGAAUCCUACGGCGACCAGAAGCCGCCGUAUUCGUACAUAUCGUUGACGGCGAUGGCCAUUUGGAACUCGCCCGAAAAGAUGCUGCCUUUAUCGGAAAUCUACAAGUUCAUCACUGAUAGGUUUCCUUACUACCGGAAGAACACCCAGAGGUGGCAGAACUCAUUGCGACACAACCUCUCGUUCAACGACUGCUUCAUCAAGAUACCCAGGCAGCCUGACCGCCCGGGAAAAGGCGCCUACUGGGCGCUACACCCAGCCGCCUUUGAUAUGUUCGUGAACGGGUCUCUUCUGCGCCGCAGAAAGCGCUUCAAACUCCUCAAAUCCGACAAGGAGAUCCUGGAGAACGAACUCGCCGCGUUGACCAACAUAAACCGCAUUUUUUUCCAACCACCACCAGAUGCCGUACCGAGCAACCCAAACCUCACCCCGGUGGAACCAAUGGAGGUCAAAACGACCACAGAAACCACCUGCAUACGGCCAAAACGCGCCUUCACCAUAGAAAGCCUGAUUUCGGACGACAAACCCUCCAACAACAACCUGACCAUCACGCCGGUGCAACCCAGUGCGACGCAUCUGAUCCCGCACGUGCAUCCCGCCUGGCUGCUCAACUCGGGUUGCUACGAUUUGGCGGCGUUUGCGAAUCCCGCCGCCUUGAUUCAGUCGUCGCAGAUGUACCACGAGAGUUAUGGUCUGGCCGCCAGUGAGGAUUUGUUUCGGGUCUCCCAUCAAUUAUAGCUUUAAGUUCUGG